AUGACUGAAAUCGCAAUAAUUGAAGAAGUUGAAUUAACAACAGAUGCAAGUGAUAGUCUAUCAAUAUUAUCAAAUAGUGAUAAUGAUAAUAGUGAUAAUGUAACAUCGUUAUCAUCAGAUGAUAAAUAUAAUACCCACACUAAUACUAAUUAUAAUCGAAAUGAUCAAGGACAUAAUAAUACAAAUUUUAAAUCGGACACAACGCUACAUUCAUCCGGUAAUCAAGUGGAUGAUAGUAGUAUCUCAAAAUCGGAUGUUAGUAUUACAAAACGUUCACAGCAUCAUCAUCAGAAAAAUGUAUUAAAAACAUCGAAACAUCAUGAAAGAAAUAAUAAAUUGAAUACGGCACAACAAGCUUUAUUGCGUACGGCAGAUACAGGCGAUGCAAAUACGACUAAACGAAAGAAAAAAAGAGCAGCCAUAUGUUUAACAAACUGUCGUUAUGAUGUUGUAAGACGUACAGCUGCACGAUUUGGUAUGCGUGAAGUAUCCGAAUCAGAUAAUUGGGAUUUGUAUUGGACUGAUUUAUCGAUAUCCAUAGAGCGUGCUAAAGAUAUGCGACGAUUUCAACGUGUCAAUCAUUUCCCGGGAAUGCUUGAAAUAUGUCGCAAGGAUUUAUUAGCACGUAAUUUAAAUCGUAUGUUACGUAUAUUUCCCAAGGAUUAUGGAUUUUUCCCGAAAACAUGGUGUUUACCUGCAGAUCUGGGUGAAGCUUUAGCAUAUAGUCGUUUACGUAAAAAUCGUACUUACAUAUUAAAACCGGAUGCUGGAAGUCAAGGGCGUGGUAUAUUCUUGACAAGAUCCUUAAAGGAUUUAAAACCAAAUGACCGAAUGAUUUGUCAAGUUUAUUUAUCCAGGCCCUUUUUAAUAGAUGGUUUCAAAUUCGAUCUUCGAGUAUACACCUUAAUAACGUCCUGCGACCCUUUACGAAUAUAUGUUUAUAAUGAAGGCUUAGCGAGAUUUGCCACCAGUAGAUAUCGAGAACCGACUGGAAAUAAUACAACGAAUGUAUUUAUGCAUUUAACAAAUUAUGCUGUAAAUAAACAUAGUCGAACGUACAAUAUGGACGAUGAAGGUGGUAGCAAAAGAAAGAUAUCCAGUUUAAAUCGUUAUCUAGUUGCUAUGGGCUAUGAUGUACAAGAACUAUGGGAGAAUAUUGAUGAAGUGAUUGUUAAAACAAUAAUUGCAGCAUGGCCAAUAUUGAAACAUAGUUAUCAUGCAUGUUUUCCAUCGCAUGAUUUAGCAUACGCAUGCUUUGAAUUAUUAGGUUUUGAUGUAUUGCUUGAUCAUAAAUUAAAACCAUACAUUUUGGAGGUUAAUCAUUCGCCAAGUUUUCAUUGUGAUACUGUAAUUGAUUCCGAAGUGAAAAGUAAUUUAUUAUUCGACACAUUUUCAAUGUUAGACAUUGCACGUUAUGAUAAACGAAAAGUAUUGGAAGAAGAUCGUCGUCGAGUUCGAGACCGAUUACUGCAGGGUGUUAAUAAAGAUUUGGGGUAUACUGACUCAAUAUUGAGUACAUCAAAUACGGAUCCAUGGAUAAUGCAAGAUAAAUGGGAAAGUAUGCAUUUAGGUGGCUUUAGACAAGCAUAUCCAGGUACAAAUCAAUCCAAGUAUGCACCAUUCUUUCGUCAGACCCAAAGUUCUUUAUACUGUCAAACAGCAGCGAGUCGCGCAAGAGAUACCGCAGCACGAAUUCAAAGACAAGAAAUGGAGACAAAAGCAAAAUUAGAAGCAUCAAAACGUGUGCCCGUAAGUAAUAGGCAAGAUAUGGAAAAAGAAAAACUACGCCCUGAAUCACCCGAAUCUACAACCAAUAACAGUAAGCAACAAAAUACGAAUUCAACGGUGUCACAACAAAUAAAAGCACGGAAACAUGUUGGUCCAAAUCGAUCUGUAUUAGCACCGAUUUGUAAUUCAUUUUUACCUGGAACAAUCCUUGAAUCAGAGGAACGUGAACGUAUUGCUGGACUGGCACAGCGGGAUCUUUUAAUACGGAAUUAUGGAUUAUUACAACAAAUAUAUUUCGCCAUGAAAAUGAAUGGAUCGUUGCGAAUGGAUGAUCAAAAAAAAUAUGCUCAAUACACAAACAUGAAUAAUAAAAUACAAGAUGGGCAUACAACUUCAAAUACAUCUAAAAAAAAUUCGAUUAUCGCCCCACAAAAUAAUAAACAACUUACAAAUGGAGCCAAAAAUCUUGAAGUCGUUGUUAACGAGGCACAUAUUUACGAGCGACCCCAUUAUGAGCAAGUAACAACAGGUGCAGCAGGUAACAACAAUGAUUUGCGAUCAACAAAAACCCAAGUUGCCAGAUCAAUGGUAAAUACUGUACGAAUAAUUGGAAAUAAUGCAAGAAAUAAUUAUCAAACAAUUAAAUCUGAUAAAAAUUUACAACGAUUUCCUGGUAAAUAUUUCCAUCAUUUAAUCGUUAAGUAA